AUGGCUGCUUUUCAGAGGCGCCGGGACUACGCUGGACAAAUCCUGCUUUGUUUUCUCCUGGGGAUGUGGGACUCUGGGGCCACUCAGAUCCGCUACUCAGUGCCGGAGGAGAUGGAGAAGGGCUCGUUCGUGGGCGAUAUCGCCAAGGACCUGGGCCUGCAGUCGUGGGAACUGUCGGAGCGCAGAGUCCGCAUCGUCUCCAGAGGUAAGAAGCAACAUUUCUCUCUCAAUGUCAGAAGCGGCAGCUUAGUCACCGCGGACAGAAUAGACAGGGAGGAGCUCUGCGCUCAGAAGGCCCAGUGCCGGCUGAAUUUCAAUGUGCUAGUAGAGGAUAACGUAAAACUCUUUGCGGUAGAAGUGGAAAUAACAGAUAUUAAUGAUAAUGUCCCGAAAUUCCAAGUAGAACAAGUAGGAGUUAAAAUCACUGAAACCGCAGCACCUGGAAUGCGAUUUCCUCUUCCGGAAGCAUUUGAUCCGGAUGUGGGGGUGAAUUCCCUUCAGGACUAUAAGCUGAGCUCCAAUCACCACUUCUCUCUGCUUGUGCAAAGCCGAGGUGACGGGGCCAAGUACCCACAGUUGGUGCUGGAGCGGGCCCUGGACCGAGAGGAGGAGCCUGUUCACCACCUCAUCCUCACGGCCUCGGAUGGGGGAGACCCAGUGCGUUCUGGCUCAGCUCAAGUCCGCGUGGUGGUGCUCGAUGUCAAUGACAACCCACCAGUGUUUACUCAGUUGAUAUAUAGCGUGAAUGUUCCCGAGAACGUGCCUAAGGGGACACUGCUGCUCACUGUGAACGCUACUGAUCCAGAUGAGGGAGUCAAUGGGGACGUGGCCUAUUCAUUCCGGAGACAAAGUGAAAAAAAUCUACAGAUAUUCCAGGUUAACUCGAGAAGUGGAGAAAUAACAACAUCUGGAGAUUUAGACUAUGAGAAAUCGAAUUUCUACGAAAUAGAAAUACAAGCUGAGGAUGGUGGUGCUUUUUUAGCAAGCGCUAAAGUGCUGGUUACGAUAUUGGAUUUAAAUGAUAAUAGCCCGGAAGUGACUGUCACUUCUCUAUUUAGCCCAGUGACCGAAGAUUCUCCCCCAGGGACUGUAAUUGCCCUUUUAAAUGUACAUGACCAAGAUUCUGGGGAGAAUGGCUUAGUCACGUGCUCUAUCUCGGAGAAUCUGCCUUUUAAACUAGACAAGUCAAUUGACAGUUAUCAUCGUUUGGUGACAGAUAGAACUCUAGAUAGAGAGAAGAUUUCUGUGUACAAUAUCACCGUAACAGCUAUAGACCAGGGUUCCCCACCCCUUUCCACAGACAUUUACAUCUCCCUGCAGGUGGCAGACAUCAACGACAACCCUCCCAUCUUUGGUCAGGCAUCCUACACUGCCUACAUCAAGGAAAAUAACGUUAGAGGAGCUUCCAUUUAUUCUGUGACAGCCUGUGAUCCUGACAGCGAAGAAAACUCUCGUGUCACCUACUCUAUUGAAGAGGACAUCUUCCAAGGGGCACCUCUAUCCUCCUACAUCUCCAUUAAUUCAGAGAAUGGCAUCCUCUAUUCUCUUCAAUCCCUUGAUUACGAACAGUUCCGGGACUUGCAGCUACAAGUGACUGCCCGGGACUCAGGGAAUCCACCUCUCAGUAGCAAUGUGUCUCUGACUCUGUUCAUCCUGGAUCAAAAUGACAAUGCCCCAGAAAUCUUGUAUCCCGUCAUCCCCACCGAUGGCUCCACAGGAAUGGAGUUGGCUCCUCGCUCUGCAGAACCAGGGUACCUGGUGACCAAGGUGGUGGCGGUGGAUAAAGACUCUGGCCAGAACGCCUGGUUGUCCUAUCGUCUACUCAAGGUUACAGAACCUGGACUCUUCUCUGUGGAUCUGCACACUGGAGAAAUCAGGACUGCCAGAGCUUUCAUGGACAAAGACGCUCUCAAACAGAGUCUAGUGGUGGUGGUCUCUGACAAAGGGGAACCGCCUCUGUCUUCCACGAUCAGUGUCACAGUUGCAGUGGCUGACAGCAUCCCUGAAAUCCUCUCGGAUCUUAGCAGCCAAGAGGCCUCCUCCCACCUCAAAGAUUCUAGCCUCACACUCUACCUCGUUAUAGCUGUAGCUUCAGUUUCUUGCUUGUUUUUUGCCUUCAUCAUUGUCUUGCUGGCACUCAGGAUAUGGAGGUGGCGGACCUCCCAGCUCUUAGGUUCAGGUAGUAACCAUUUAGGUGUUGUCCCUGCCUCUCACUUCUUGGGCAUUGAUGGGGUUCAAGCUUUUCUCCAGACUUAUUCCCAUGAGGUUUCUCUCACCACUGACUCUCGGAAGAGCCAUUUGAUAUUUCCCCAACCUAAUUAUGCUGAUACCCUCUUAAGUCAGCACAGCUGUGAAAAAACGGAGCCACUCUUAGUAGCAGAAGAUUCAAAGUGUUCCACUCGUGAUCCUCCUUUGGUUCCCGUGAGUUUGUAUUUUUUUUUCUUAACUUUAUUGAGCAAAAUACAUAGUCCUUAA